UGGAGGCAGCCAUGCGGUGUCCUCGCUGAGGAGGAGGGGCCCAUGCAGCCAGGGCCGUCACAGGCCAGGGCGAUGACAACAUCGGAGGACCUGAGUCCAGCCCAGCCUGGUGGGACAAAUGAGCUGAGGGUGAUGUUGGACUCAGUGACACACAGCACCUUCCUGCCCAACACGUCCUUCUGCGACCCCCUGAUGUCGUGGACCGACCUGUUCAGCAAUGAAGAAUAUUAUCCUGCCUUCGAGCAUCAGACAGCCUGUGACUCCUACUGGACAUCAGUCCCCCCUGAAUACUGGACUAAGCGCCACGUCUGGGAAUGGCUACAGUUCUGCUGCGAUCAGUACAAGCUAGACACCAACUGCAUCUCCUUCUGCCACUUCAACAUCAGUGGCCUGCAGUUGUGCAGCAUGACCCAGGAGGAGUUCAUCGAGGCCGCGGGCAUCUGCGGGGAGUACCUGUACUUCAUCCUCCAGAACAUCCGCACACAAGGUUACUCCUUUUUCAAUGACACUGAAGAGACCAAGGCCACCAUCAAAGACUAUGCUGACUCCAACUGCUUGAAAACAAGUGGCAUCAAAAGCCAAGAUUGUCACAGUCACAGUCGAACAAGUCUCCAAAGUUCUCAUCUCUGGGAAUUUGUACGCGACUUGCUGCUGUCUCCCGAAGAAAACUGUGGCAUUCUGGAAUGGGAAGAUAGGGAACAAGGUAUUUUUCGAGUGGUUAAAUCAGAAGCCCUGGCAAAGAUGUGGGGACAAAGGAAGAAAAACGACAGGAUGACGUAUGAAAAGCUGAGCCGAGCGCUGAGAUACUACUAUAAAACAGGGAUUUUGGAGCGGGUGGACCGAAGGUUAGUGUACAAAUUUGGAAAAAAUGCACAUGGGUGGCAAGAAGAUAAACUAUGAUCUGCUCCAGGCACCAAGCUCAUUGCAUGGAUUUCUGUCUUUGGAAACAAUCAAGAUUGCAAUAGACAUUUGAA